CAGCUCCAGCCACACACCGUCGGGAGCCAAACAGGGAGGGAUCGCCGGGAUCGGAACAUUUCAGCUGUGUCGACAUUUCACCGCCUGCUUUAACGUUUCUUUUAAAGAGUAAUUCGUGAACAUAACGACGGUGCUGGAUACCGGGAGGGCGGCAUGGGGGAGCACACGGCGUUUUUGCUGUUACUGGUGGCGACCUUGACGCUUUCAUCCGAGGUGCCUGCUGAUGACUCUGUGGGUUUGCUAACUGAGCCCCAGGUGGCCAUGUUCUGCGGGAAGCUCAACAUGCACAUCAACGUGCAGAGUGGCAAAUGGGAGUCUGACCCCUCUGGAACCAAGAGCUGCAUCGGCACCAAGGAGGGCAUCCUGCAGUACUGCCAAGAGGUGUACCCAGAGUUGCAGAUCACAAAUGUUGUGGAGGCCAACCAGCCUGUCAGCAUUCAGAACUGGUGCAAGAAAGGCCGCAAGCAAUGCCGCAGUCACACACACAUUGUGGUGCCAUACCGCUGCCUGGUUGGUGAGUUUGUGAGUGACGCCCUGCUUGUUCCUGACAAGUGCAAGUUCCUGCACCAGGAGCGCAUGGACCAGUGUGAGAGCCACCUGCACUGGCACACUGUAGCCAAAGAGUCCUGUGGAGACCGCUCCAUGAACCUCCAUGACUACGGGAUGCUGUUGCCAUGUGGAAUUGACCGUUUCCGAGGGGUGGAGUUUGUCUGCUGUCCAGCGGAGGUGGAGAGAGAGUCUGACAGCAUGGAGCUAGAGGGGGAGGAGUCAGACGUCUGGUGGGGCGGAGCUGAGACCGAAUACUCUGAUAACAGCAUGUCGCGGCCAGCAGACGCAGAGCCUGCCGCCAUGGAGGAUGACGAAGACGAGGACGAAGAGGAAGAAACUUUCGAAAGGGACGAGAAUGGAGAUGGUGAUGAAGACGAGGAGGAGGACGACGAAGACGACGUGACAGAUGAACGGGAUAGCGAUGAGCGCAGCGCUAACAUCGCCAUGACAACCACCACAACCACCACCACUGAAUCCGUUGAGGAAGUCGUGCGUGCUGUUUGUUGGGCUCGUGCUGAGUCAGGCCCAUGUCAUGCCAUGCUGGAGCGUUGGUACUUCAUGCCUGAGAAGCGCCGCUGUGUUCCCUUCUUGUUUGGGGGCUGUGGGGGCAACAGGAAUAACUUUGAGUCGGAGGAAUACUGCCUAGCCGUCUGCAGCAGCUCGUUGCCCACCAUGGCCCCCAGCCCUCCAGACGCCGUGGAUCGGUACCUUGAAUCUCCCGGGGACGACAACGAACACGCUGACUUCCAGAAGGCCAAGGAAAGCCUGGAGGCCAAACACCGUGAAAAGAUGUCCCAGGUGAUGAGGGAGUGGGAAGAGGCUGAGAGACAGGCCAAGAACCUUCCUCGUGCUGACAAGAAGGCUGUAAUCCAGCACUUCCAGGAGAAGGUGGAGGCUCUGGAGCAGGAGGCAGCAGGAGAGAGGCAGCAGCUGGUGGAAACCCACAUGGCGCGGGUGGAGGCUCUGCUCAACAGCCGCCGACGCCUGGCCUUGGAAAAUUACCUCAGUGCCCUACAGGCCAACCCGCCACGGGCUCGUCAGGUGUUGAGCCUGCUGAAGAAAUAUGUCCGAGCAGAGCAGAAGGACAGGCAGCACACGCUGAAACACUAUGAGCAUGUGCGCACGGUCGACCCCAAGAAGGCUGCACAGAUCCGACCUCAGGUUUUGACCCACUUACGUGUGAUUGAUGAGAGGAUGAAUCAGUCACUGGGUCUGCUCUACAAAGUGCCCAGCGUGGCCACUGAGAUCCAAAACCAAGUUGCUGUUAUAGUGCAGAGAGUUCAGUCGGAGCUUUCUCAGCAAGUCUCUUCCCUGCAGAGCGACGGGAGGGUGGAUGGCAGAGUUAGUUAUGGUAACGACGCUCUGAUGCCUGAUCAGGCCUAUAGCUCUGCUCCCAUGGACCCUGGCCUGGACGGACUGGGCUUCAUCCACCCUGAGAGCUUCAACCAGCCCAACACAGAGAACCAUGUUGAGCCUGUUGACGCUCGUCCAAUUCCAGAUAGAGGACUUCCCACACGGCCUGUGUCUGCCCUGAAGCCAGAGGAGAUGCCAGAAGUGCGGAUGGAGACUGAAGAGAGGCAAAGUGCUGGUUAUGAAGUUUACCAUCAGAAACUGGUGUUUUUCGCUGAGGAUGUUGGGUCUAAUAAAGGUGCCAUCAUUGGACUUAUGGUUGGAGGGGUUGUUAUAGCAACUGUCAUCGUCAUUACCUUGGUGAUGCUGAGGAAGAAACAAUAUACUUCUAUUCAUCAUGGAGUAAUUGAGGUGGAUGCAGCAGUGACCCCAGAGGAGCGUCAUCUGGCCAGGAUGCAGCAGAACGGCUAUGAGAAUCCCACCUAUAAAUUCUUUGAGCAGAUGCAGAACUGAAGAACUGCUCAUCUGCAUUUUGUUCAGGCGUAUCCCAACCCCACACACUCACUCACAGGGUCUGUUCCAUUCAGGUCCCUCGCCCUCAGCCCUCAGCCCUCAGCCCUCAGCCCUCACACCUUCAGUUUCUCACCCUGUGGAUGGGUGGGGGGGGAAGGAAACGUGAACACACUUAACACUUAUCCUGCAAUUGGUCAGACAAGGGCAUCCUAUUUUACCUGCACAUUUCAACCAAUCAUUACAAAAACUUGAUAGUGUUUCUUCUGACAAACCAACGCCCUGUUGCCGAUUUACGUAAAGUCACAGCAUUACUGCAGCUGAUAACAGAAGCACGUAAACCCAAGCAGUUUAAUUCCUUUUUUUUUUUUUGUUGUUGUUGUUGUUCCAUUUUCCUCAAACAGCCCCACGCAUCCCUGCUCCCCUGCAUUCUGAUGACAGCUGUGUUUGAUGACAUAACAGCUCUUAGAGCUGGCAGUGGGAUGAGGGGCUCUUAGAGCGCCUCUCCUCACGAUUAAAGCCCAAGUGUUUCAGGUUUGUUUUUCAAAAAAAAGGAUUAAAAAAAAAAGGCAGAAGAAGUACAUAAUCAGAAUAUGUAAAAGUUUAAAAAUAUUGAAUGUUUUGUUUGCUGAUUUUUUUUUAUGUGUAAUAUAUUAAGACAGAGAUUAGUUGUAAGUAUAUGUAGUGCAUGGCCAUAUUGAUGACAGAUACAGUAUACUGUACAUUGAGGGAGCAGUCCUCUUACUAGAUAUUUUAGCAGGAUUGUACAUUUCUAGUGUCUUCUUUGUGAUCUUGUGAUAUGAAGAAGAAAAAGAGUAUUCAGAAUCCGGUCUGCUAUGUUGUCACACAGACUUGCUUUAACUGAAUCUUGGCUCGCUAUGCUCAUCUCCACGCUUCACUGUUGUGUUAGCUGCAUGGGCAAAAUGCUCUAUAUGUAAUAUAUGAAGUGUUAUAGUAUCCGAAAGGAAGAUGAUUUUGUUACUGUUUGAGUUCUAUGCACUCUGUUGUUUUUGAAGUCUGACAAUUAUCACCAAAUAUUAUUGCUGUUAAGUCCCUGUUGCUGAUUCACACCAUCAGUGCACAUCAAGUUUUUAUCAGAAUGUGGAUAUAGAUUGAACUGAAGAAAGGUUUUCUAAAAGCGUAUUACUCAAGAGUUAUCAUUCCAGUCACUCUCUCGAUUGUAAAUAUUUGGAAGAUGGAGAAUCAGGUCUUGACGGCCCAGUUUCACUAUUAAUCUCCACCUCUACGUCUUUAUGUGUUCUUCUGUCUGUUUUUCUUUCUAACCCCCAUUUGUCCUAUUUAUGCUGUCCUUCUGGCUGCGUCAGCAAUAUUGUACAGUGCAGCACUUGGGGAGUACUUGAUGAAACGAGGGAACUUUUGGGCCUACAGAGAUCAGAACAGUUUUUCUAGAUGGUCACAUCUCCUCCCCACACACAUUCCUGCAUCAAAUCUCAUAUACACAUUCUAUUUUUCUACAUUUCCUGUGUAUACAUGUACAGUGCUUCUGUUUGUCCUGUAGUGGCUAUUUCUUUGUCUGCAUAUCUGUUGUCAAGAGUCUUCAUAGUCCUCAUGAAGCGGUAAAGAAUUACCAUCAACAUGAGGUGGAUGACCACGACCGACAUUAGCAUAAAGACACAUUUCCCUCUUUUAAUUUGAAGCUAUGAACGCCACCUCCAGUAAACAUGAAUGUGAGAUGCAUAUUGUGCAUUUAUACCAUAGAAAUACAACACAUCACCUCCCUACACAUUAUUUCCACAUGUACACACCAACUGAAGCUCUUAAUCAGGUGAAUGUUUGAAAUUUGUAUUGAUGCUCACUGUGGGUGUCUUUGGAGGACAGUGUUUAAAA